AUGGAGACUCAGUCUUUGGAGCAGCAAAUCCAAAGUGUGGAGCGCAACGUCACUUUCCUAAAAAAGGAACAACUAGAUAUGUUGCAUGAUCUUCACCAGGAGAUUCUUUGUUUGCAGAAGCGCUGUACAGAACUAACUCAGGAUCUUGAAGUAAAGCAAGUGGAAAACUUUCAUCAAGAUCAACUUGAGUUUGAAAUGGAGGAAAAGUGCAGAAUUCUGGAAGCCAGGUACACUGAAAAAGAACAUUUGACCCUCCAGUUGAAAAAAGAUCUCUAUCUUCGGGAGAAUCGAGUUGCAGCCUUGAGAUCUAAGCUAAGAGACAAAGAGAGACGGUUCCUGGAGGAGCUAAAGAGAAGAAGUCACAGAGUAACCAUAUUGAAUACGGAGCUGCACAAACAAACUGAAGCAGCAGCGUACUUAUCUUUUCAGUUACAUGCCUCCAAGCAAAAGAAGCAAAGCUUGCAAAACAGCUGCCAGAAGACAUCGCGGCCACUGGACAUUGUUGGAGUCAAGCAACCUCACCAUGAAGGAAGAGUAAAAAGGAGAGUACAAAAAAACCACAGUGUCUGGCGACCUGACUGUUCCUUGGGUAUAGAUAUGUCAAAAGACUAUUUUCAGAGAGAGGAAAUGAUCAACUACGAUGAGUUGGAAGCUAUGCCAGACCCUGCUCUAUUUUUAUGCCCUCAGAAGUAUGCUCAGCCUCGUCGGCAGAGAUCAGAGACAAAAUCCCACUUUGAUAAAAGUGCUUCAGGGCUUGCUGGUGGUGGGGGUCUGCCAAUCGGUCCUCAGUGGUCAGAGAAACUCUCAUCAGAUAAUGAGGACAUACCUCCUUCUAUUCCUGUUGUCAAAGCAAAACAUCCAAAAAGUGAGAGAGGAAAAAGGCGGGCAUUGGCCAGGCAAGACUCAAGGGAUUUAGAAUAA